AAAAAGAUAUUUUGAAAAUCAAAAGAGGCCCUUUCCCCAGCCACCCCCAACGAAAGAACUUGCAAAAAAGGGGCGAAAGAAACAGGAGCACAUGAAUUUCCAUUUGUACGAGUGAUGAUGAGGAGAGAGAUUACCAGCGAACAAAGAUAAGAUUAUUCUACUGCGAUCUCUUCUUUGCUCACGCUUUCAUCCUAUUUUUGUUUCAUCUGUUACCUAAGGGUUAAGUUAGGAGUUGGAUUGAAGAAUAUAAAUGGCUGAAAAAGCUUGUGUCAAACGUCUUCAAAAGGAGUAUAGAGCACUCUGUAAAGAGCCUGUAUCUCAUGUUGAGGCUCGCCCCUCUGCCAAUAACAUUCUUGAAUGGUAUUAUGUACUCGAGGGAAGUGAAGGAACACCUUUUGCAGGUGGAUAUUAUUAUGGGAGGAUCACAUUUCCAUCUGAAUAUCCAUUUAAACCACCAUCAAUCAGGAUGACGACUCCCAAUGGACGGUUUAUGACUGAUACAAAGAUAUGCUUGUCUAUGAGUGAUUUUCAUCCGGAGAGUUGGAAUCCAAUGUGGUCAGUAUCCAGUAUUCUUACAGGUCUGCUCUCCUUCAUGAUGGAUAAAAGCCCUACUACAGGAAGCGUUUCAACAUCUGCUGAGGAAAAACAAAGUUUAGCCAAGACUUCACUUGCUUAUAAUUGUAAAAUCCCUACUUUCAGGAAAUUGUUUCCGGAAUACGUGGAGAAGUACAACGAGCAGCUUGCUGAGCAAGCUCGGUUAGUGGCAUCUUCAGUGCCUCCACAAGAAGAAUCAUCGCUUCUCAAUUCAGAGACAGUUGAUAACAAUAACAUGCAAGGUAGAGUAGCGACAGCAGAAGACGGGGACAGAAGAAAUAAUCAGAAGAAAUCCUUCCCAACCUGGAUGCUGUUGUUGCUCUUGUCAAUAUUUGGUUUAGUAAUGUCACUGCCUCUUCUUGAACACUGAUGAUGUCACAGCAAAAUUUAGGCUUUUUACCUAAGUGGGUAAUCUUCAAACCAUAAGUUGUUAUAGAUGUGUAUGUGAGGUGGUCAUAUUUUUCACAUCCAAAAUUACCUUUUGGGGUGUUCAAUGUCUUGUGAUGACACUAUACUAACUUGUACAGUCUAUGGAAUUCUAUUUCUUCCUA